CUAUCUUGGUGUGAUCAGUCUCGAAGUGAAAUUUGCGCGCUACACUCCUCUCCUCUGUGAUUCGUCAACGCUGAGGUACAGAGUGAUCACUGCGUCUUCAACAGUGAGUUGAUUAUAUUUAGCUGGCAGAUAAAGUCUCUAUCACAGUGACGGUGCUUACAUUUGGUCCCAUAAGUAGACACAACCAAGAUAGUGCGUUAUUAUCAUGAUUAAUUGAAAUGGCAUUGCUAAGCCAUUCAUUGAUAUUUAUUGCCAUUGCGGCGGUCUUAAGUUAUCAUGUCAAUGGCCAGAGGCUUCUUGAUAACCGACUGCGUACUUUCACAAUUGACUAUGAUAACAACACAUUUCUGAGGGAUGGUGCGCCAUUUCAAUACAUCGCAGGAUCCUUCCACUAUUUUCGCGCUUUGCCUCAGGCAUGGAGUUCGAUAUUGAAAUCAAUGAGAGCGGCUGGUUUGAAUGCUAUCACCACAUACGUAGAAUGGUCAUUGCACAACCCGAAAGAAGGGGUGUACAACUGGGAAGGGAUCGCUGAUCUAGAGCAGUUUGUGCAGUUGGCACAACAGGAAGAUCUGCUGGUAAUACUAAGACCAGGCCCGUACAUCUGUGCGGAGCGAGAUAUGGGAGGAUUUCCAUACUGGUUGCUCCACAAAUACCCGGGUAUUCAGUUACGAACGGCUGAUGUAGCUUAUCUACGGGAAGUUCGUACAUGGUAUGCAGAGCUGUUCUCUAGGUUGGAACCCUAUUUCUAUGGAAAUGGUGGGCCCAUAAUCAUGGUGCAGGUCGAAAAUGAAUACGGAUCAUUCUAUGCGUGCGAUCACAAGUACAUGAAAUGGCUACGGGAUGAAACUGAGCGAUAUGUUAGAGGCAAAGCUGUCCUUUUCACAAACAACGGACCAGGCCUAGCGCAAUGCGGAGGCGUUGAAGGAGCGCUCAGUACUUUAGAUUUCGGGCCAGGAACAUCGCAGGAUAUUGACGGAUACUGGAAAGAUCUUCGCAAAUAUCAACCAAAUGGUCCAUUGGUGAACGCAGAAUACUACCCGGGUUGGCUGACCCACUGGCAAGAACAGCAAAUGGCACGUUCUCCUAUAGAGCCGGUCGUUGCAUCGUUGAGAUACAUGUUGAGCUCCAAGGUGAAUGUCAACAUUUACAUGUUUUACGGUGGAACAAACUUUGGAUUCACUGCGGGAUCAAAUGAGCAAGGCCCAGGAAGGUUUAUUCCAGAUAUCACUUCCUAUGACUACGAUGCACCUUUGGAUGAAUCCGGAGAUCCUACACCAAAAUAUGAAGCCAUCCGUCAAGUGAUUUCGGAGUUUUUCCCUAUGCCACACAGACCAUUACCUAGUCCAACACGGAAAAUGUCCCUUCCAUCCGUUGUACUGAAGCCAAUCGAUAGUCUUUUAAACAAACAGUUUCUCCGGAAAAUAGCAUCCCCAGAAAUACAGAACCUUACCCCGUUAACAUUCGAAGCCUUGAAUCAAUACUCUGGGCUGGUGCUGUACGAGGCAUUGCUACCGACCAAUUUGAAAUCAGACCCGAUGAAAUUGACCGUUGAAAAAGUUCAUGAUCUAGGCUACGUGUUCGUAGAUACGAACUUCAUCGGCACACUCUCCAGACAGAAUCCUAUCAGCAGUCUUCCGAUCACUCAAGGUAUAGGGGAAAAGUUGCAAAUCAUUGUGGAAAACCAAGGGCGCCUCAACUUCGGAACUCCCAAUGAUUUCAAAGGACUCGUUGGAAAUGUGUUCAUCGAUACUCAAAAGGUUCUUAAUUGGACUAUGACAGGAAUUCCGCUGGACAACGUAACAACAAUAAGCGAGUAUAUCGUCCUUAAAAGUCAACUUGACAAAGCAAAGUCACUGAAACGGGCCAGAAUCCACCAGGGAACGCCCCUUCGGCAUGGUCCCAUGGCAUUCUACGGUACAUUCGAUAUCGCAAGGAUAGACAUACUGGAUACGUACCUGAAUCCAUCCGGAUGGGGCAAGGGCGUGGUUUUCAUCAACGGCUUCAACCUUGGGCGGUACUGGCCUCGCGUUGGCCCGCAAAUCACACUCUAUGUACCGCGGCAUAUUCUUAAAAGUACUAUGAAUGAGAUUAUUCUGGUUGAGUACCAAACAAUCAAGGCACCAUUUAUGACUGUUGGAUUCGAUAAAACACCAACUUUUAAUUGAUUCCGCUACUUAAGUAAAGCUUCCUUACAUUAAGAUAAUUAGAAAUGUCAAAGUAAAAAUUAUACUCAACAAUACAA